UCUGUCCCAGGCUAUAUGUAAACCCCAGUUAAUUAUACCGUGAAUCUUGACACUCCGCACUAAUUGCAAGAGCUAUUUGAAGUUUAAAUGUCUUUCUAGAGGCUUCAUCUGAGAUUCGACAGUCAAACAGCAAAUUUUGUAAUAAUCUUGAUCUCAAACAUGCACUCAAGAUUUAGGUACAAAGCUGGAGUAAAGAACAAAUACUUUGUGAACUAAAAAAGGAACUGCUACAUGGAGAUCAUCCUGCUUGCCAUCACAAGAAUAAGCAGUGCAAGAAAGAUCAAGCAAUCUUCUGGAGAUGAGAGUCGCAUCCUUGUUCCCUUGUUACAAAGGAAAAUUAAUCUUAUUAUUAAUCUUUCAGUGUCCAGGUUUAAGGUGGAUUUCUUUAAGGCUGGUGCCAUUUUUCAAAGAUAGCUGACUGUGGAACUGGAUUCAGAAACAUGCCUUUUUAUGACCUGUCAGUAUGGAGGCAAUGGCUAUUUUCCUUUAGGACUCAACGUGCAAGUGUGGAAAAUGAAAAUGUAAAUACGCCUAAGAAAGCUGAGGUGUUUUUCAAGAUUCUUCAGUCCUUCUCUGACUUUCUUCCCAGUUUCUCAGCCUUCUCUAGGUCAAUCUUCCAACCCACACCCUGCCGCUUGCUACUUCGAACCCUGCCAGCUGCCCCUUUCUCUAAGGUCUCACCCUUCCAAACAGGUAGUGUGCUCUGGAGGGAAGCAGCGGCUGUAGCUCCGCUCGACGCCUUGCUAGGAGGCCUCUUGGCAGAGCUGGCUUUGCACAGCUACCUCUCCUCGGUGCCUAUGAGAUGCUCAAAAUGCAAAGAAGCAGCAUUCAGGAAACAUGGACAUUUCCCCAAACAGCCUAGAGAUCCCAUGGGAUCGGAGCGGAUGGAGAUGCGCAAGCGGCAGACAUCUGUGUCCCAGGAGACACCGAGCUCCAUACAAGCACAGCCUGGGGUAGGGAAUCGAGGUUCCAACGCCUGCUGCUUCUGUUGGUGCUGUUGUUGCAGCUGCUCCUGUCUCACUGUUCGGAAUCAAGAUGAAAGAACAAGAGCAGCAUCACAUGAACUCAGAUCAGAAACCACUGCAAAUUGUGAAGAAAGCUCCACUCCUACUCUGGAAGAAGUGGACACUUGGGCCCAGUCCUUUGACAAACUGAUGAAAACCCCAGCAGGGAGAAAUGCUUUCAGGGAGUUCCUUCGGACAGAAUUCAGUGAAGAGAACAUGCUUUUCUGGAUGGCCUGUGAAGACUUAAAACGGGAAUCCAAUAAGAGUGUCAUUGAAGAGAAAACAAGACUAAUAUAUGAAGAUUAUAUUUCUAUCCUCUCUCCAAAAGAGGUCAGCCUAGACUCCAGAGUAAGAGAAGUUAUCAACAGGAACAUGUUGGAGCCAUCGCAACAUACUUUUGAUGAUGCACAGCUCCAGAUUUACACUUUGAUGCACAGAGACUCCUACCCUCGGUUUAUGAACUCUGCUAUUUAUAAGGACUUAAUUGAGUCUCUCUCCAAAAAAUCUGCUGAAGCAUAGAAUUUUCAUAUAUUUAUUGUACACCUACUCACUCCCCAUAAACAAAUCUUCAAGGUACCAUUUGUUACACACAAUUUAGAAUCAAUGAUUUCAUUUUCUGAAAAAACAAACAAACAUAAAAUGCAUAUUUUAAUAUGGUUUUCAAGGCGUUCCAAGAUUUUGUGAACCACAAGCUGUUUCCAGCCUCUUCAGAGCUAUACUGAAACAUAGUGACAGAGCAUAUGGAGAAGGUGGCAACAAAAAUUGGGGCAGCACAUUUAGCCAAGGGCUUUAAAAUGAAUAGAUCAACCAAAAGGAAGAGGACAGUUAGUUACUAUCUCCUCUCCCUGUUCACAUCAGAGCACUUUAUAGCAAUUGUAAGGUUACAGUAGUUGUAUUGUUGGAAUUAGGCUUAAACUGGUGUGUAUGUGUAUCUUCAUACUCUGACCUAGAAAUACUCUCAAGGGAUCAUAAAAUAAAUUAGUUUAAGUAUUUGGAGGGGGGGGGCACAAUAUGCUCUGCACACUCAAAUGACUACUGGAUUGCACUUACUGGCUAUUUAUCCUACCCCCCAAAUCCCCUAUCCUAUAUGCACUGAGAAAAAGUUUAUUCCUGGAAUU